AAGAGCGAAGGCGGAAGGGCAGAAGCGAGAAGACCAUAAUAUCGAGUGGUACCUGAGAACAAUUGAAAGUAUGUAUGGCUGAGCUAUUGUCUCCAUCAUCAAAGCACUGACUGUUUCCAAUUGCCAAACUAGCGACCAGAGCAGUGUUGUUAGACCCAAGUAGUCUUUCGGAUGACAUAAAUACCAAAGACCGACUGUUGAAUUUUGCCGUGAUAUUUUGUCACCGGUAUGCUUUACUACAGAACAGUGCUCCGGUGGUAACUGCUUUGUUCCUACUGGCCAACUUUCUCGCGCUCUGCGAAGGCGAAGGACCAGGGGAGAGCUGGUCAGAGCUCAAGGAUGCCAUUUCAGCUCACCUGAUUAUGGCGGCCGCACAAGAGGAGCUCGCGGCGGCCGGCAUUCAAUCAACCUCGGACUACGACGAGUGUAUUCACCGCGUGCACGAGGCCAUAGAAGAACAAUCGCCGGCGAAAGGACGACAAGGGUAUCUGAAAUACUUCCAGCCACCUAGCGGUUUGUCGCUAGAGGUUCACCUAAGGGACAUAUCGAACGAACUACCCGCAGCUCAGCUUGCACGUGCUGUGGUUGAUUACCUGACCAACUUAAUGCAAUCGCUAGAUCCACCCAUACUGCUGCAGUUAGAGAGAGGGAAACUUGGUGGACUCACCCGUGAAGAGACCAGGCGGCUUAAAGAAAGAGUAGGACUAUGAAUGCCCAUAAUUCGGUCAUCUGUACAGUUUAUAGUCGGACAUUGGGGAGACAAAUCACAAGACUAGCUGCAAUGGUGGGCCUCUCUACAUGGAUUGAACAGUAAC